UGUUUGGUCUCACAGUAACAGAAUGGGGUGAUGAUGUGCGGCCGAUCUCCGAGGAAGAAGCCAUGGUCAUCGUCAACCACCAAUCAACAGGAGAUGUGUGCACACUCAUGAUGUGCCUGCAAGACAAGGGAACGGUGGUACGAAAAAUGAUGUGGCUGAUGGACCACGUGUUUAAAUACACCAACUUUGGCCUAGUGUCCUUGAUCCAUGGGGACUUCUUCAUUAGACAGGGUAAAGCUCACCGAGACAAGCAGCUGGUUUACCUGAAAGAGCACCUAGAUAAAUACUACCACAGCCGUGACAGGAAGUGGAUAGUGCUGUUUCCUGAGGGCGGCUUUCUUCGCAAGAGGCGGGAAACGAGCCAGUUGUUCGCCAAGAAGCACUCGCUCCCCCAUCUGACCCACGUCACUUUGCCUCGUCUCGGGGCCAGCCACGUCAUACUGAAAACUCUGGGAGCCCAGCAGGAGAACGGCAGUGUGGGCGGCGACACCAGCAUGCUGAACACGACAGCUAAUAAACGUAAAGGCUUGCAGUGGGUUAUAGACAUGACCAUAGCGUACCCCAAAGCAAGACCGAUGGACAUCCAGACCUGGAUCUUUGGCUACAGGCCUCCUACAGUCACACAUGUACAUUACAGGAUGUACCCGAUAAAAGAGGUUCCUGUGGAGGCUGAGGCCCUGACUGACUGGCUAUAUCAGAGGUUUGUGGAGAAAGAAGAUCUACUGGCCCAUUUCUACGACACAGGAUCAUUCCCUCCUCCAGAAGGACAGAAGGAGGCGGUUUCCCGGCAGAUGACCCUCGACCCAGUGUGGCUGUGCCUGAUCCAGUCGUUUGCUUUCGCCUCAGGCUACAUGUGGUACAGCGUCCUCCAGUACAUCUACUGCUGUUUAUUCUGAGUGCGCUGAUGAGACGGGAGUCUUUAUUGGACCACUGGGAGAGCCUCAGGAUUGGAUGGUGUGUGGCCCAAGUGUCAUACAUAACCCCCCUCCCCCCAUACGAUGGAUGAAUGUACAAUUUUCAGAGGCGAGACUUGACAGGAAAACAUAUGAAGACAAAGUACAAAAACACGCAGAUUACACACAAACCCCAUACGAUAUGAAACUGGUUACAGGCAUAGUUAACUAACUUUAACACAACCCUAACACCCCACACACACACACGAGAGAGGCGGCCUAGCAGAAUAAUCUCACUUGUCACGACCCACAUUUUGAUGUUUACACGUCCUCAUACAUGUAGACACUCACACGUACAUGACUUUUGUUUCAAAGGUAACGAUAUGAGGCUCAGGACUCCUCCAGAAGAUGCUCUGGACUGGACUCUUCCCCCCUCUCCCCCCUCCCAGGCUUUCGCCGCAGUAGUUUUACAGAGUAAAGUGUGACUGGAUGCGAAUGCGUGUGCAGGAAUAUGUGUGACCAGAAGCAUCAUGUCUGCCCUUAUUCUUCCUUCUGGCGAGAGUCGACGAAGCCCACCGGACAUCUUUUGGUCCGCUGAUGAGUCAGCUGGCUACAUUUUGCAGAGCGAGCGGCCGUACGAACGCUGAGGCCGAGCAGCCGGCCGCUCCUCUGACUGUCAUUGCACUAAGGAUCCAUACUGCCCUAACUGCUCCCUGCUCCAGGAAAACCUCCUGAACGGUAGCUGUCGGUGUUUUCUUCUUUUUUUUCUCCUCCCUUAGCCCGCAUAUCUUCACAACAACGGCCACUGUAUUUGUUGUUGAUGUCUUUUUUUUCUUUUUUCUUUUCUUUUCUUUUUCUAAAGUGUUCUUUGUUUUUUCUCUCUUGUCUGGACUCUUUUUUUCCGUGUCCGUGAGUUUGCUGAGAAACGGGGGGAUCAUGUUUACACUGGUGGCUUGACUGAAAACGCUAAAAGGGACGAUGGCUAUAAUGUGGCGCUUGAUUAAGGGAUUGGAUUUUCUUUUUCUUUUUUUCCUCCCUUGGUGAGAUUUGAUGUAACACUUAUUUCAAAUGAAACAAAAAGAAAAGUACUGGCAAGAUUUUGGAUUUGAAAAAAGUAACCCUACUUUCUCUGCUUUCCAAAAUAAAUACCGAUACAGCAGAGGAUCGCUUCAGCAAGACUGAGAAGGCAGAGACACUGUUCCCCCAUCGGACUACGUAGUUUUACAAAUAUUUAAGCCAUAUGCUUAUUGUUGUCGAGGUGGGGAAAAAGACACGGAAAAUAAACAUGAUUUUUAUAGAAAGAUACCCUAAUGCAUUCUACAAUAGAAAUUUUGGCUUACAGAACUAUAGGUGUCAUCAUUACUGUAAAUUUACAGCAUAACCUGCCUAAGUGAGUGUGUGGUCGUCUUUAUUUCCCCCCCACACCCCCAUCCAACCAUUGUUGAUAUAUGAUUCAAGUUGUAUUGCUCUGUGUUGUCAGAGUGUGGCUGCGGUUUCAAAUUUUUAGUUUCUUUUUAAAUUACUUGAACUGCUCUGUCCUUAUGUCCCAGUAUGUUUAAAUCUUGUAUAUAACAAAGCUGAGGAAAUGUGUGAAAUGACUGAAGCCUGUCUCUUUUCUUUGUUUCUUUUUGGUUCGUGAACAUUUCAAAACAAUUUAUUUCAAGAUAUGAAUGUUUUUUAAAAAAAUAGGAAGAAAGCAAGGAUUUUAUCCCCUCCCCCUCUUCACUUAUCAGUGUUAUCCCGUAUUGUUUUGACCAGGAAGUUGACGUGUGAUCCGUUUCUGUGAGGUUAUAGCUGCUGUAGGUCCAUGUGAAAAGCGACACACGGUCCCAGUUUUGCGGGAAAAACUAUUAACGCCUUACCAGAUGUUCUGGUUGACCACAGUCCUCUGAAUAAUGCUGUUCCCUCGCUUUAAACGCUCGACAAACGUUGCUGUGAGGAAAGAUUUUGGGGUGUCCAGGUAAAACUGGUCCAGUGAGGGAGAAAUCUCUGAGGGGGAAACUCCACCAGGGCCCCUGCGAAGAUGCAGAUGUUCUCUCUCGAAUGUACUCAUGUUGUGGUUUUGCUUAGCCUGCUUUAAUAUGAAAAUGAUUGAGGAGCAGUGAUUAUUAUUGUUGUAAAAAAAAAAAUGCCCAAAAGGUGCAUUUCUAGUAGCUGCUGCCCUCCCUCUGUGCCACUGUUGAUUUAAAUAAAAAAUAAAAAUAAAAAAAUGUGUGAAAUGCAAAAAAAAAAAAGGGCUACCUGGCUAGUUAGGUAGGUGAAAACAUGUAAAAUCAGGCUGUAAUGGUGUUUCAUCCUUUGACCCUUUCAGAUUCCCCUCCAUUGUGAGCGUGACUUAAACUGAAGCAUUUUUUAAAAUCUUUUUUUUCCCCCUCUUUUUUCAAUUUGUUGACCAUGUUUCCAAAGAAGGCAGGGAAAUCAUGUUUUCCUAGAUGUGGUUUUAGGACAUAAACACAAUAGGGAUUUAAACAAAUUAUACUAGAACUGUCUGUAAUUUUCCAUUUUGUACUUCUCCUUUAAUUCCUAGCUACACAGCCAUUUUACAACACAAACAAACUUGUGCUGGAAUAAAACAUAAAGAUCC